GAAAUUUUUGGCCAAAAAAGCAAAUAUCAAAAUUCUAAAUAGCCAAUUGACUACCCUGUGCCGCAGUUUUGCUUCACGGUUUGAGUUUCGCGAAAUUUUAGAGCAAAAUUAGCAUCAUUAGCAUCUAUCGCAGCCAUUUCCAUUGGAAAAGUGCCGAGAAAGUGGAAACCCGUGGAAACUGCGCUCAGAACCACGGAACAAACGAUCGGCCGUAUUGUGGCCGUAAUAUUUUGUGUUUAUCUUUGAGCCUUCGAAGGAAUAGCCACAAAAAGUGCAACUUUCUGUCGGAACAGCGCCAGCAAGAACCUACGUGCAGGAACAGCGUAGGCAAAGUUUUGUGACUCACGCAGGACACGCAACAUACACGGGCGUGUUUUUACAGUGCAGAAAAGGGAGAACCACCCCGUUUUCCAGCCCAUUCUUCACUGUUUUCACUGCAAACCACUAUGUCUAGCAAGAUUGAAGAAGCCCAGGAACAUAUCCGUCAAGCGGAGAAAUGCCUGAAAACGUCGCUGUUAAAGUGGAGACCAGACUUUGAUAACGCAGCAGAAGAGUACAAUAAAGCAGCAACCUGCUUUCGGAACGCUAAAUCGCUGGACCAAUGUCGGGAUUGUUUGAUGAAGGCCUCGGACUGCCAUCGGCAGAACCGUGCCUUGUUCCACGCGGCAAAGUGCAUCGAUCAGGCAAUACUGAUAUGCAAAGAUAUGAACAGCCUCGGCGAUAUCCGGAAGUUGGCUGAAAGGGCCUGCAAUCUGUACCAGCAGCACGGAUCUCCCGAAUCUGGCGCGACAGUCCUCGAUAAGGCAGCAAAGAUACUGGAGCAGUCGCACCCGGAAGACGCGCUGCAGUUGUACAAGCAAGCCGUGGAUGUUGUUACGAUUGAAGAUUCGACGAGGCAGGGUGCAGAGUAUGCCAGUAAGGUGGCCCGUAUCAUGGUGAAGCUGGGUAUGUACGAUCAGGCAGCGGAUGCAAUUAGGCGUGAGAUCGGCCUGCAUCAGCAAGUAGGAUCGGAUGGUGCAAUUGGUCGUCUAGCCGUAGCGCUUGUGCUCGUGCAACUCGCCCGUGGUGACUAUGUAGCGGCCGAAAAGGCGUUUAAAGAGUGGGGAAAUUGCUGCGAUGCCGCCGAGGUUCAAACUCUGGAAUCGUUGCUGCAGGCGUACGAUGAUGAGGAUCCUGAAUUAGCUCAGCGUGCCCUCUCGUCUCCCUUCAUCCGUCACAUGGACGUUGAGUAUUCUCGGUUGGCACGAGAUUUACCCCUACCGAAGGGUAUGGCGAUUGCCCCGAAGGCGAACGUAAUCGAAAAUGCGGCCCCUUCGUACGUUUCACCCAACAGCGGUGGAACAAGCGAUACUUCAAAACCAACCGCUGGUCCUGCUAACGAAGACGAAGAUGAAGGUGGCCUGUGUUAAUGUGUACGCCCUAAAGAGACAAUGGUUUGUGCAAUGGAGCGUGUACUACAGAGCGUUAAGAGUUGUGUGAUAAAAUCGCUUUUAUUAUUACAUAUUAUUAUAUUAUUCCUACGAUUUCGAGUAUGAUGUAGUAAAUGGAGUUUGCCUGCCGAUCGAUCUAUAUUAUUAGGGUUCGUAUCAUCACCCCCUUCUACUUAAAAAACAUUCGCCCAAAGGCUUUUUAUUGUCAUUGUUGCAAUGAUUAUCGGUAUAUAGUUUUGCGUCACAUUUAUUCUGCAAAGAAAUUGUGUUACCUCCAUUUUAGGUACUGAACUGAAUAUUACUGUCUGGUGCAUUAGUUGUAUGCUUACUAAAUUAACCCUUUUUAUGUACAGUUUUAUUCUCAGUACAAAUAGAUCAUGCAUUGUGUGGGCAUUUAGUGUAAAAUGUUUAAACUUCUUUCUAUGCCGCCGGUUCUCUCAAGCUAUUGAAAUAUCUAGUUGUUAGACGUGGAGAUGGAUAAGAAUUGGAAACAGUGAAACAAAAGUGGCAGCCGAUCUAUAUUCAUCAUUAACUAUCUAAAUAAGUAAUUACUUCAAAUGAAUUUCCAAUAUUACUGAGUGCGUCAGACAAUGGUGCAAUUGGAGCUUUUUCUCUAUGAAAAAAGAUCACAUAAAAACAGUCACAAUAGACACAGAAUUCAAACAGAAAAACAAACAUUAAACUAUAAACUUUACACGCCAAGAGCAACGAACCCAUUAGCAAAACAUACAACUCUAGAACAUCCUUCUAAAGAUAACUGCAAUGAAUUAGUGUGUGAAGCCUAUUAGCUGCCGGUCUAACUACAUCUGCUGAUGCCUCCAUCUUGCUCUGCCUCUAGAUCCUCUUCCCCCCAUCUUGUCCCGUGAUCGAUGAUGUUAUCAAUUAUAAAUAGAUAGAAAGGAUAACGACAAUGCAUGUAGCUGAGAUGAAAAACUAAUAUUGUUAUCAAUCAAACUGUUGUAGAUUGCGAUAUUUCAACCAACCACAAAACCACGAUUCCCUUAGAAAAACCGACAGGGAAAACGAAUCAAACGGUGUGACAGUAAUGCAGAUGGAAAUAGAAAAGAGUGAGCUAAUGAGUGAGCAUUCUGGCUGGUGCACGAUUCAGGAAAUACUUGCUCAAAAGCAAGUUUUGCGAGGAACGAAACUGAAAGUAUCAGAGUGUAUCUCGAUCAGACGCAAGGAAAGAACACUUAACUGCAGCUAUUAUAAGAUUGUUGAAGGACAGAUAAGCUUGUACAGUAUAUACAUAUAUAGACAACACACGGGGAUAUAUGAGAAGGGAAUAUGUAAUCCUUCCUUUUCACUUGAUGCCAUUUAUCUGAUAUUUUGUUCACUUAAAAGUAGUAAGAGAUUAAUUAAGUUUACCGCGGACAUUGACAAAACAAACCGUUGCUUUGACUACAUACAAUUCUCCUAUAUGUUGACUACAUUCGCCGUCAGUCUCUAUAUAGUCUCGCUUAUACGUUUUGCAAAAUAAAAGAGAAGUGUGUGAGUGUGUGACGGAAACGUGUUAAAAUUGAACGUGGAUACGAACAAAAUCUUUCGUAAUUUUUACCACAAUAACACGGUAAUAAGGCGCAAAAUUGUGGAGGAAGUAGUGAGUGUAGAAGGCACACUAUAGGCAGCUUCCUAUUCGAUUACUUGGCAUCUUAUGAAUAGUCCACUGACCUAUUUACAUUUCAAUGAUUGCGGUGCCAUUUGAUGAAUUGGAAAGUUCUAACCGAUCGGGAGAGAAGUGGAAGUAAAACAAUGCAUUCUUACCGUUUUACUGUCUGGCAAGCCGUCUGACAAGUGCGCUGCCACAGAGUCUGGAAUUACGAGGGCCGUUAGCAAUUGGUUGAGUGAGGAAAAUGAUACAAAACUUCAAAUGUUAUAAAAAAUUGAUCGUACCAUAGCGUUUAAGAACAUAGAAACAAGACAAUUCCGCUCCAGAUAGAAAGCACUUCACGGUGGCACCAGAGUGAAUAAAUGCCGAAGUUGCGCGCGUAACGCUGUUCAUCGAUUGAUGUGUGUUGAAAA